AUGGCCCCGGCCCCCGGCCCGGGCGCCGCCUGCGAGCGGAGAGAGAGCGUGGUUAGCGGCCAGCCCCGCGAGAGGCGCUCCCGACGCCGCCCGUGCGUUUCUGGCGCUCCCGGUUCGGAACUUCCCAGCAUCCAGAGGAGGGACCCGAGGCGAGAGAUCACCUCCCGGCGGAGCGGGGGAGGGACAUCUCCUCCGCCCGCCGCCCAGCCUGCCCCCGGCUCCCCUCCGCCGGGGACGAGGCGGGAGGCGCCGGCCCGCCAAGGACCUCCGGCCGCCGGCUCGGGGACCGGGCACAGGUGCGCCUGUCGCCGGAGCGGCUGCGGGGCCGCCGGCCGCAAAGCCCCGAGCGCAGGGGCCGGCGCGGUACAGCACCCGCCGCCGGAGAGAGGCGGCGGGGCUGCGCUCGGGCAGACAGACAGGCUGCCGCUGCCGGAGGAGGACGGUGCUCCUGGGGAAACAACACCCUUAGCUCCCCCCCUCUCCCCGGCGCGGGCGGUCUGUUCGCCUUUGAUUGCGAGGCGAGGGCAUCCUGCCCCCGCCGCUCCCCCCUCCCGGGGUGGCUACAUACAAAGGCUGCUUUCCAGGAACUUUCCAGGAACCGCAUCAUGUGACAGGACCCGCUCCGGCGCCUCCGCCGCGAUCGCGGCCAGCCGGAGCCGCCGCACCGAGCCACCGCCCCUGUCACGCCGGGGCAGCGGUGGCCUGACCCCUCCCUGCGCCCCCCCCCUUCCACCCGCGGAGCCGCGGGAGACGCGCGGCGAGCAGGUGGUUGCCAGUGAUGUUACUGAUAGAAGCUGGCAUGGCAGGAGGGAGUGUGAGCUUCCCAGUGGAACACGUAACAGUGGGGAUCUGCUCCGGGUAAGCGAAGGGGGACACGUACAGGGGACAUGCAGCAGGGCCUCUGCCAGGCUAAUAAAAAGGAUCGGUUCCUUGGGCUGUUCUAAGGGGGCAAGAAUAUGCCAGAUGCCUCAACUUGAACCAUUUCUUCAGAUUUCUUUGAUCCUCUGAAGGCUGAGAAUUACAGAAUAUUGACAUUUAGUGAUCUUUGGAGUCUCAACGGGGACAUCUCUGAACUGGAUUGGACAAUCUCGAUGACAGAGUUGUUUAGGGAACAGUAAUCAUGCAUGUUGCUACUGAACGCAUCCAGAACAAGCUGGACCACACAGCUCUAACUGACAUUGCCAUGCUGACAGCAGAAGAAAUCAGUCCUGGACAAGACAAAAUUCAGACACCACAUCCUUUUUUUCUCCAGAACAACCUCUGAAAGAAACCAGUUUCAUAACAAAAGGGUACAAAAGACCAAUAAUUUAAUUUCUUGAAUAUCUUAAGGAUAAAUAAAAUGUGUGCAGUAUAUUAAUCAUUA